AUGUCUUUGGCUGUGUCACCUUCAAAUAACAUGGGCUUGGAUGACAACAACCAGAAUGAAGAGUUUCAGAAGCAACACGAAGAUGAAGGUGUGGAGAAGAUUUCAAAGCACACGAGCCACUCUUCCUUAGAUGGAGGCGGUGGCGACGAUGACGAAGACGAUGAUGAAGUAGCCAAUAAGCUUGAGCUUGGUCCUCAGUAUUCUCUCAAGGAACAGCUCGAGAAAGAUAAGGAUGACGAGAGCCUCAGGAAGUGGAAGGAACAACUCCUCGGAAGUGUGGAUUUUGAGAAUAUUGGAGGUAAUGUUUGUGUCCUUGAGUUGUGCGUUGUGAUUGGAAUUGUAAUUAAGGGUCUUGUUUGCUAA